UCAUUCGAGUAAUGAUCAUAUACUUAUAUUAUAUUGUAUACUAAUAUUAUUAUCAUAAUAAAAUAAAAAAAAUGAAUGAUUCAUAUUAGUUUUCGAUUUUAUGAUUUUUUUUUAUUUUUUCAUUAAUUUAACAGAGACAAAGCUUCUUUAUAUUGUGAAUAUGUGGAUUUUCAAACUAAUUUCUUUUUUAUUUUUUGUCAUUGUGACGGGCAAUGGAAUCUUACAGUCGAUGUCAUCGUCAUCAAAACAUACUCCGAUUUCACACACACAUAUGAGUCAACUGCUCGGAUUAUGUUUUGCGAAUAAAUCGAAUCCAAUAAUUAUGAGUGCAGACUUGGUGGAUUCAAUCGAUCAAUAUCUAUCGAGUGCGAUAAAAGCACCAAUUACUGUGAUUAACCACAAAUUCAAAUCGAAAAAUAUUAUUCCGUAUCACCCUUCGCAUCCCACUUACGUGAUAUCUGCUGAUUUAGCUGAUGACCUUCUACUUCUUCUUCUUGAAUUCAAAUCAUCUCCUGCCUGGAACAUUGUCUCUCAUUUCUUUGUUGUUGGAACUGAUAAAAAGUCCUGUCAAAACAAUGCAGCAAAGGUUCUCCGAUUAUUAUGGAGAUCGGAUUUAUUAUCAUCAUUCUAUUUAUGCCCCGAGAACAGCAAUGACACAACAAUAUAUACUUUUAAUCCCUUCACUAAUUAUGCACCCGAUCCGUGGGUACAAGUGGCAAUAACUUAUAAACCUAAUAGUCGAUGGACGUUGUUCAAACAACUAUUUGUCAAAGAUCCCAAAAUCUGUCAUGUUCUUCAGUUCGAUAAAACCAAAAUUCUGGAUGGUUAUAGUGUAAAGACUCUUUCAUCUUGGGGAGAGUUUGAAUUUUUCAAGAAAUUUAUAGUUCCAAGCUUAAACCUCACGAAUAGUGAACAUUCUUAUGUACUGAAUACCACACUAUUGGAUAUUUACCUUUCAUUAAAUACUAAAAGAAGUGAUGUUAGUGUAGUAGGUACUCCACUUUCUUGGAUUAAUUAUAAUUUCAGUGAUUUUAUUUUCUUAAAUUUCGAACAAAGUUUUUUAAUAGCCACACAAAAGCGAAGUGUUAUAACACCAUUUAGUGAACUUAAUUUUAUAUUUAAUGUUAAUACUGUUAUAGUUAUGGUAAUUAUUUUCUUAUUAAUUAUUGUAAUAAUAGGACUGAACAAUAGGUAUCGAUUUGGUGCAGCUUUUUUAGAUGUCUAUCUAAUGGUGUUAAAUAUGGGGAUUUUGUUACCUCUUGAUAGAUUAGCUAUGCGCAUCAUUUUUUUCUCUGCCUUCCUAUUCAUAUUUAUAUCAAGUCCAAUCCUGCAAGGUGAAUUGUUUGCAGUUUUAGCAAAACCUACAUAUCACAAUAUUGAAAGUCUUCAGGACUUAUAUCAAUAUAAAUACCAUGUACAUUAUUCUGGCCUUCUAGGUGAAGAUAUUAAAAAUGCGGGAUUAUGGACAACUGAUUCGGAUAUGCAAUAUUUACACCCUGAUAAUGGUAGCCUUUCAUUUGAGUGUUUAGAACUAGCUAGCAAAGAUAAAACUGUAGCGUGUAUUUACGGCGCUGAAUUUAUAUUAGAGAAUGCUUUUAAAUAUGGACUACAUGUAUCCAAUAAGUUACUAUUUCCAUCUAAUUAUAUUUAUAAUGCCCGUAAAAACUGGGCCUUAAAAAGUCGCGUUGAUCAGAAAGUUUUACAUUUCAUUGAAGCUGGUUUUAUUAAUCGAUACGAGAGAUUGUUGAUCUAUAAACGAUUAAAAAAAAUGAAGGUCAUUGAAAACAUUAAAAAAUCUAAACAAUCAGAAAUCAUAGACGGUGAUGAUUUAAUGUAUGCGUUUGUAUUAAUGGUACAUUUAUUACUUUUGGCUGUAGUCAUAUUUGCUAUUGAAAGGCUUAAUAAAAUCAUUAGACCCCCAAGGCAAUUAGAAAGGGAAAAUGAGGAACUACAAGAAGAAAUUGUGUUCAUUAACGAAGAUAGAGUCGUUUUUGAUUGAUGCGUGUGUAUAUAUUUAUAUAUUCUGUUACGAUAAUUUCUGUCUAAUUAUUGAUUGUUUUGUAGAGGAAAGGGGGGGGGGAUCAAAAUGGGCCCUUUUAGAAAAAAGAGCUGAUAUCCUUAGUGUUUCUCUCUUGUUUUACUUCUUCUUAGCCCCGUACCAUGUAUUUGGUCUCAAUAUGCCGCUUGUGUUGAAAAUUAAAAAUGGGCCCCCCAAAUAAAAAGUUUUAAUGUUCAAUUUUUUUUACCCCUUUUAGUUUUUCUAGUUUUCUGCUAUGUAUUUGUGAUCAAUAUGCGCCAAAAUAAAAAAUUCAAAUUUGGGGCAAAAUGGGCCCUCGAAAAAAUCUACUAAAAUUCAAUUAUUAUCUUGUGUAAUCUCAAUAGUAUAUUACACAUCAAGAGAGUAAAGUAGGGCAUUCCAAACUGAAUGUAUAAUUGUCAAGAAAAUUUUCUUAUUUAGACGAGUAAAAAGUCAACCACAAUCUUAAACACUUUGCAGGGAUUCCUUUCUCUUGAAUCAUUUAAAUUGAACAAAAAUUUGGGGAGCCUAUUUUGCCUCCAAAUAUUUUGAGGCAUCCAAAAUUUUAGGGGACUCAUUUUGCGGCCCAUUAUACCCCCCCUCUCCGCUCCCCUGUAUGGACUCUCGUAAUUUAAUUAUGAAAAAUCAAACAUUAUUACAAUUUUCUAAUGAACAACUUUAUGAUGUUUGGAAAUCUUGUAGUAAGCAUAUAUCUAAUUGAAGCAUUGAUAUAAAAUUAUAUUUAUCGAAUAACUUUCAGUCACAUCGUGUUGAUUGUUUUAUCGUUAGUUGAAUACUUCUGUUGUGAUUAUAGUAAAUGAUCUUGUUGUAGAAUUAUGGGUUUGUUAUGUAUUGGACUUGUAUUAA